AGUGCGCGCCGCCAGGCCCGAUGGCGAAACCGGAGCGGCUUCGCUUCACGAUUCUGGAUGACUUGAUACUUUUGCGCGAGGUCUCGAGGCUGAACCCGUACGAGGAGAGCGACAGGUGGAAGGCCGUCGCCGAGCGAGUCGUGAGCGCGACGCAGAAGAACUUCAGCCUGCGCUGCGUCAAGGAGCACGUCGAUCACCUGCUGAAAAUAUGGGCCAGGGAGGGCCGCGCGCACCUCAGGAAGUCGGGGACCGAGGAACAGUAUAACGAGAAGGAGGGACUCCUUCAGCAAAUACAAGACUUGCAGAGGGAAUUCAGGCGUUCUGGCAAAGGCUCUAAUGCACAAAAGUCACGAAUACAGAAGGACGUGACGCUGGAGAAUAUUUCUGACACAUUAGAAGUGAUAAUAGAAGAACCAACGGUAGCAACACCCCUACCUUCGUCAUUUAUGCCUUCGACAUUGCUGCCAAUUGCUUUACCCUCGCCGAGUUCAUCAUGUUCGUCUUCGUCGUCAACUCCGCUAACCUCAGGAAGCCCACGGCGGUCGCCAACCACGUUGCCGUCGAGAACGGGUGGCCCAAUAAGGAACAAGGUGCGUCACGAUGCACUGAAGAAGUCGACGUUGCAUUUUCUGCAAGAAAGACACAAGAAGGAAAUAGAAUUCCAGGAGAAGCAGUUUCAUCUUGAGGAGAGGAGAAUUCAACUGGAAGAAGAAAAGUUUAGAAUGGAGAAAAAGGAGCGUGAAGCGAGACUUGAAUUGGAGAUUGAAGAAAGAAGACAAAGGAUCGCGGUAUCUAGACAAAAACAAGAGAUUUUGGAAAUAUUGUUACAACUAAUACAUAAACCUUGAUUAUUUUUGUAAGCGCUAGCUUUUCUUUGUUUUAUCGAUUUAUAAAUAAAUCUAUUGUUAAAAGAGUG